GCAAACAUGCUGAAGACAUAUUUGGUGAAUUGUUUAAUGAGGCCAACAGCUUCUACAUCAGAGCAAACUCCCUUCAAGACAGAAUUGAUCGGCUUGCUGUCAAAGUUACCCAGCUGGAUUCAACGGUAGAAGAGGUAUCCUUACAGGAUAUCAACAUGAAAAAAGCAUUCAAGAGCUCAACAAUUCAAGAUCAGCAGGUGGUUUCGAAGAACAGCAUUCCUAACCCGGUGGCUGAUAUUUAUAAUCAGAGUGACAAGCCACCACCUCUGAAUAUUCUUUCACCUUACAGGGAUGAUAAGAAAGAUGGAUUGAAGUUCUAUACUGAUCCAUCCUAUUUUUUUGAUCUUUGGAAAGAAAAAAUGUUACAAGAUACUGAAGAUAAGCGAAAAGAAAAGAGGAGACAAAAGGAGCAAAAGCGUAUAGAUGGCACCACCCGUGAGGUGAAAAAGGUUAGAAAAGCCAGGAACAGACGCCAGGAGUGGAAUAUGAUGGCAUAUGACAAAGAGCUUAGACCUGACAACAGGUUGUCUCAAAGUGUGUACCAUGGAGCAUCUUCCGAGGGAUCACUGUCCCCAGAUACUAGGUCCCAUGCAUCUGAUGUUACAGAUUAUUCUUAUCCUGCUACUCCGAAUCAUUCCCUCCAUCAGCAGAUAGCAAUGCCUUCAUAUGGAACAGGAGAUGGUCCACAGUACAUGGCAGCAUCUCAAAGCCAUGAGCAUGAAUACAGACCACCUUCCACCACUGUACGACAUGCUACUUUAAACAGACCUCAGCAACCACCUCCACCUCCACCCCAGCCUUCAGAUGGCCAACAUAGCUCAGUACCUGUGGUACCAGCAGAAUAUGGGAUGCUUCCAGCUCAGAUGGUGGAUUAUUACAAUCCUACAGGUCCUCCCCCUCCUCCCCCUCCCCCUGUGAUACCUUCAGCACAAACUGCGUUUGUUAGUCCCCUUCAGCUUCCCGUGCCACCUUCCCAUUCUGGACUGGUGACUGGCUCUACGUAUGCCGCUGCUCAUCCUUCUCCUUCUAGUGCGCUUGUUGUCACUGCACCUCCUCCUCCCGGCCCACCUCCCCCUCCUCCUGGCCCUCCUGCUACAGGUUCAUCCCUCUCUUCCUCCCCAAUGCAUGUUCCCCCCGCCAUGGAGGCAAAACGUCACGAGCCUGCGCAGCCGCCAAUAAGUGAUGCGCGCAGCGACCUUCUUGCUGCCAUUCGAAUGGGAAUCCAGCUGAAAAAGGUGCAGGAGCAACGUGAGCAAGAAGCAAAGCGAGAGCCUGUUGGAAAUGAUGUGGCAACCAUCCUUUCAAGACGCAUUGCCGUGGAAUACAGUGAUUCCGAUGAUGAUUCUGAGUUUGAUGAGAACGAUUGGUCGGAUUAAACCUGACCCUGAGCCCAGCGGCGAGUUCCCGAAAUACUUGGCUUCAGCGAUUUGCUUUCUUAGCGAGAUGUAAAGCAGGACGUUGCCGUGUAUUCAGGCAUCCAAGUGCUGAAACUGAAUGGGUGUUACUCAGAAUGCUGUAGCUUAGCAACUCCGGUAAUAACGACGUGAUUAUGCUUAUGCAGAUCAGAAACUUGUCUUACUUUCAGUAUUUACCGCGUAAUACUUAAGUGCCACUAAAUGUAGCAAAUCAUGUGCUGCGUGCAAAAGAUGCUGCAGUUGUUGCACUGUUACAGAACCAGCAUUUUCUUUUACUCUCCUGAUCUUGAAGGGAUAAAAUAUAUUUUUUU